AUGGCAACAAUCACUGAGAUAGGCUGUCCUCAAAUAUAUGCCAAGCAGGCGAAGAAAUGUGCGCCUCCAACAAAUGAAUUCCUCAUGGGCACAUGGCAUGUGACCCACUCAAGUCUCCCCCUAUGGAAGGGCAAACGCAACGUCAACAUCACCUACAAGGAGAUUGACUCUGCGGGUGUGAAAAUGGAUGAUCUUGUACGAUAUCAGGCCAUUGGCUCUGACAAGAUUGAGUCUAUCAAUGGAGUGGAUACUCCCACACCAGGAAACCCGGGCGCUUGGGAUUGGCGAGGCAAAGGCUGGCUGAAGAUCGCAAGUUCGCACUGGGAGUGUCUUGGAUUUGGACAUGUCGAUGGGAACAAUAAAUGGGCUGUCACCUAUUUUGCGAAAACACUCUUUACGCCCGCUGGAAUGGAUAUUUACUCUUGGGACAAGCAAGGGCUUCCCCAGAGCACAGUCGACGAGAUCAUCCAAGCUUUGAAGGGGCUUGAAGUCAAAGAAAUCACCGACCUUGCCGACGCAAUGUUUGAGAUCCCUCAAAAUUAG